UCGCAGCCGGCGGUGCGGGGUGGUCGUUCCUGCCCUGCUGCAGCUCUCGCGACGUGUGCGUCGUGACUCUCGGCACAGUCUAUAUCGCCUUGAGGACGCGUUAACGAGAAGUAGGCGCAAGUAAAGAAUUGAAACCGGGGGUGUAUAGUGAGUGAUCGGAGUGAGAGAGAGGAGUGCUUCUCGACGUUUGUUAAGAGUGAGCAAGAACGAGACGGAGGUGGUGGAGUUGGCGGCGGCAGCUCGUCACCCACGCCCACCCUCAAAGGAUUACUUCUCCGGUCCACCUCCAGCGGCUGCCCGUCACUCACCAGGGCUGGGGCGUCACUCCCUCUGCAAGUGAUAAAUGACCGUCGGCGGGUAGGAUGCCGGCGGGCGGCGCCCUGCCGCUGCUGCUGGGGGCACUAUGCAUCCUGGGCGCCAUCCGGGCGGGCUCCGGGGCCGGCCCUGGCGGCGGCUCCGGAGGCGGCCCCGGCCCCGGGCCCAGCGCGGCCCUGCCGCCGAUAGAGAUCAACCCGGGCGCUAACACCUUCCUAGGCGCUGUGCUGGCGCUGAGGUCUCGCGGCGCCGGGCUCUUCGGGUGCGGGCCCCGGACGCAGGAGGGCCUGGUCAUGCUGGACGCCCUGGAGGCGCUCGUGGACGCGGUCAACAGCGAACGCCAGGGCUACCCCGCCAUCCCCAAGGGCGUCAGUCUGGGUGUGCGCGUGUUCGACCACUGCGGUCGCCCCCGGGUCGCCGUGUCGCAGCUGGCCGAGCUGCUCCCCGAGCUGGGCCCCGGCGGUCCACCCCCGGGCGUCCCCUCGGCGGGCAGCAGCGCCGCGGAGUCCUCCUCUGCCGUCCCGGGCCUCCGCACGGUGGGCGUCCUGGACGGCGCCGGGCUGACCCGCACGGACGCCGACGCCGACCUGGAGGUGCGCCACGCGCUGGCGGAGGCCAUGGUCCCCGUGGCCGCCAUCGACAGCAGCCACCUGGUCCAGCCCGUGCAGCGCGCGCAGGCGCUGGUCGCCGUGCUGCAGCGCCUCGAGUGGCGCCGCUUCGUGGUGGUGCGCGGGGCGGACGCGUACAGUGACGAGCUCUGGCAGGCCGUGGCCCAGCUGGCGGGAGGCCUCCGCACGGCGGACUUCUGCGUGGACUCCGUCGAGACGUUUGUGUUCGACGGCCAGGGCCAGGAGCAGCGCGCGCACGACGGGGUGCUCGACGUGGUGUCGGAUGCCGCCGUGUCGGGACUGCCCGUGGUCGUAUUGCUGCCGCGGUCCUCGAUGCGUCCGUUCUUGGAGGCACUCCGGGACGCCCUGUUCGAGGCCGACAUCCCCCCCGCCGCGCCGGCCGCCCUCAUGCUGCUGCUGUCCGACUUGGUGGCGCGCGAGGACGCCGCACUGCUGCCGCAGGGCGCCACCGUGUACUCGCUGGCCACCUCCAGCAGCGGGUCCGCCGCCGCCGAGGCCCUGGAGGAGCUGCUCCCCGACAGCCGAUCCGACAACAAGUCCAUCGACUCUCUGACGGUCGCGCUGCGAUCCGAUUCGCUUCUGGCCGCCGCCCAGCCCGUGCUCACCUUCGCCCUGGCGCUCAAGCGGUCCUGGCGCGACAAGUGUCCAGGGAAGGUCUCGGGGUCGUGCCCGCCCUGGGCCGCCAUGUCGCGCCCCGAGUUCCUCAGCGCCUACUUCGCGCCGCUGGCGGCCUCCAUGGCCCGCGGGGAGCGCGUGCAGGACAGCGGCUGGGAGGCGCGCUGGGGGGAGCUGCUGCUGCCGCCCCGAGACCUCACCUUGUACCGCUACCAGCUGGGCGGUGACCGGCCGCAGGUGAGGGCCGUGCUGACGGCCAGCUCCAUCAGCGUCAGCAACAACAACAGCGUGGCCAGCAGCAGCAGCGUCAGCGUCAUCGACGACGCCUUCCACCCGGAGGAGGUGGGCGUGUGCGCCACCCGGCCCAGCAUGCAAAGCGCCGCUGAGUGCGAGAGGACUUGCCUGCCGCUGCAGCGGCCCAGCCGGACGGCCGGCGGCCGGCGAAUCGAGUCCUGGGCCAACUACCAGGACAACCACCUGCAGCGCGACUCGACCGCGGACCCCGCCGAACCCGCCGAAGUGCUGGACUCGGACAGCGAACCUGAGCAGCCCGACUUUCUGCGCCUGGUCGAGUCUCCCCAAGGCGUGUACGUCCUACUGCUGAUUCCGCUACGACAGGGAGACUCGGACACUGCGCUGGACUGCCCCGCUGGACUGGACGAUGAUGGUCUCGAUGUGGUCGCCAUCCGCAAAGUAGAAGCCUUCCUCUGGGCACUCCAGAGACUCAACCAGCAGUUGUCCCGGGACUCGCAGCUGCCCCAGGUGCAGGUGGGCGCCCUGCUCGCAGACUCCUGUUCGUCCAGCCUGCGUGCCAUGGCUCUUUCGGCGCGGCUUCGGCCGCUUAGCUACACCCCGACGGCCCACGACAAGACGGAGCGCGUCCUGGCCGUCGUGAACGCGCUGCCGCUGCCCCUGCUGAGGGCAACGGAGGGGUAUGGGUGUUGGCGGGGGGUGGUGGUUUUGCAGCAGCAGCCAGUCUUGUACGAGAAAAAGCGAGGUGAAAAGACCCUAUGGCAAAAGUAG